AUGAAUCUGACUCCACUACCGGACGUGAAGCGGCUGAGUCCGGUGUGUAUUCGAAUUCUAGGUGGUAACCCUGGCAAAUUCACGCUGCAGGGAACGAAUACAUAUCUGCUUGGCUCCGGAAAGCGCCGCAUAUUGAUAGACUCCGGAGAGGGAAAGUCAGCGUGGGCUGCGUCGCUGAAGGAGGUUCUUCAGGCGGAGGGUGCAACUGUUGAUACGCUGUUGCUUUCACACUGGCAUCAUGAUCAUGUUGGUGGCAUAGACGAUCUGCGCACGAUUGCUCCGCAGGCCGUCGUCUACAAAUUCGACCCAGAGGAUGGACAGGCUGCAGUCAAAAAUGGCCAAACUUUUCAGACAGACGGUGUUACGCUAACAGCGCAUCACAUGCCUGGACACACGGUGGACCAUUUAGUCUUUACUCUGGCAGAAGAGGACGCGAUUUUCACCGCAGACAAUGUACUUGGCGAAGGUACAGCUGUCUUUGAAGACAUGGCGACGUAUAUCAACAGUUUACAUAGGAUGAAGACCCUGUUCCAAGGUAGAGCAUACCCCGGCCAUGGUGAGCUUAUCAGCGAUGGUAGAGCAAAAAUUUCCGAGUACAUCAGCCAUCGCAAGCAAAGGGAAGAGCAGGUGGUUCAGGUUAUGAAAACUGGCAGCCGGAAAUGUACCGCGAUGGAGAUAGUAAAGGUUGUCUACAAAGACGUACACAAAGAUCUACACCCGGCGGCUUGCGCCGGUGUCGUGCAGAUAUUGAGAAAAUUAGAGCAGGAGGGUCGGGCAGCAAGGGUAGAAGGCGGCGGCGAUGGCGACCUGUGGAUGUUAACGGGCCAAGCAGCUUUAUAA